AUGUCUGAGAAAAUUGCUGACGGAUUCGGAAGCCUCGGCGAGCUUUGUGAGUACCACUACUCGUUUGUUCAAAACGGAAAACUUACUUUGGUUGGACGCAAGUUUGUCAACCAACCAACCCACAACUGGGGACAUCGUGUUGCUUUUGCUGGAACCUAUGUUCUCACUCUUGAUAAGGAAACCAACCAAUGGGAAAGACAUGAUUUCCCCGAACUCGUCGGCGAUGAGAAUGCUGAGGAGUCGCUUUUCGUCAAAGAUGACAAACUCUACUUGCUCACUUUUGUCAACUUUGGAAGCAUUGAGUUCAAAAAGUUGUUCAAAUGGGAGAAUAACUCGUUUAACGAGAUCACUUUGAAGGCUCCUGAACCUAAAUCCAUUACCGAAGGACAGAAAACCGAUAUCAUCACGGCAUCUGGAACCACUUCUAAUGGUGCUUCAAUCAUCGUUGCCAGAGAUGACAAUUGUGAUAUUCUUCUCUAUUCACUCACCGUGAAUGGUGGUUCUGCAACCAUUGAGAGAUCUUCUCAUAUUCCAAUUGACUCUAACCCAUUGAGAGGUAUGCCGGUUCUCGCUGAAGUCGUCGGAGACAAAGUUCUCAUCAGUUACGGUGUUCAUGGAUGUGGAUUCCGCUGGGAGAAUAACAGACUCUUCGUGUUCGACUUGAAAUCCAACAGUGUUCGUCACGUGGAUAUUGAGGGAGAUUAUGACAAACUUCCACAAUUCUGUUUCUCUGGACCACGCUGUUCAUUCGUCAAUAAAGACACAAACUCGUGGAUUGUUGCCGCCGGUUCUGUACAACAGGGAAUGACUGGAAGUGCAUUCUAUGGAUCUGUCUGGGCACUCAAAGGAGACGUUUUUGAUGAGAACUCGAAGGCUACAUGGGUUGAGCUGCCACAAACCGUCGAGGAAGGUGAUCAUAUUUUGGAUGGUUUCAAUUUGUACACUGUUUCCAAAGAGGCCGUCUCAAAAAUCAAAUUGGAUGAGAUCUAA